AUGAAGGGUCAUGGUCCCAAAGUUUCCCUUGCCCAACCUGUGGAGGUGCAGAAAAUGCAUUUUCCACAUGCAGCGAAUGCGAUGGAGAUGGGAUGGCAUACUAUGAUAUGCUUUGUGUUUGUGGAGCAGGAAUUACAGAAAGACAGAGACGCGGCGUAUCGUGAUGAAUCUGGGGACCCAGCCUCUUCUGAGAGGGCUCCGGAGGCAUCGCAAACGCUGGAAAGAUUCGGUGCAGCCAGAAGGUGCACAACCGAGUACUGGUCUCAAUCACAAAAGGGUACUGUUGCUCGUAGCCAGAUGUGA